AAGCUAAUAAAAAAAGAAAGAACUGAAGACGCUGAUCGCAGAUGACGUCAGUGUUGCCCGGAUGUGCGGACAAGAAAAGCAUGAACAGAAAUGGCGACAUUUGAAGAGGGUGUAACUUUGGAAGAUGAGGAGAGCAGCUUCGUUUCUUCAAUACAGAAUCACUGCGUGGAGAAACUUAAACCUUGGUUGUAAUGUGAGCGUAAAGAAGGCAUCGCUGGUUGAAAGGCGCCUCAGAGACGGAGCGAAGACUCCAUGAGAAGUUGUUCCAGGACUACAACGUGAAGGUCAGGCCGGCUCGCCACUGGAAGGAGAGGGUGACGGUGCGCGUGGGGAUGACUCUGUCCCAGCUCAUCGGCUUGAAUGAAAAGAACAGCGAGAUGACAACAAAUGUGUUCAUGAAUCUGAACUGGACAGACUACAGGUUGUCAUGGAAACCGGAGGAAUACGACAACAUUGCUGUUGUGAGGAUUCCUCCCAACAAGGUGUGGCGUCCUGACAUCUACCUCAUAAACAAUCACGACGGGCAGUUUGACGUGGCUCUGUACGUUAACGUCUUGGUUUACAGUAAUGGUAUGGUCUCUUGGUUGCCACCUGCCAUCUACCGUAGCUCCUGCUCCAUUGAGGUGGCAUAUUUCCCAUUUGAUUGGCAAAACUGCAGCAUGGUUUUCCGCUCGUACACCUACGACGCUUCAGAGGUCGACCUGCAGGUCUACCUUGAUGAGAACGGGACAGAAAUCCAUGAGAUCGUAAUUGAUAAAAAUGCUUUCACAGAGAAUGGAGAAUGGGCCAUACGUCACAAACCAAGCAGGAAGAACGUUGGAGAUGAUCUGUACGAGGACAUCACCUUCUACCUCAUCAUAGAGAGGAAGCCUCUCUUCUACAUCAUCAACAUCAUCGUGCCCUGCAUCCUCACCAGUGUGUUGGCUAUAUUCGUCUUCUACCUGCCUCCUGGAGCAGGGGAGAAGAUGACUCUCUCCAUUUCUGUCCUGAUCACUCUCACUGUCUUUAUGUUGCUGCUGGCCGACAGAGUCCCUGAAACUUCACUCGGCAUCCCUAUUAUCGUCAAAUAUGUCAUGUUCACCAUGAUCCUGGUCACCUUCUCCGUCAUCCUGAGCGUCGUCGUACUCAACCUGCACCACCGAACGCCCAGCACCCACAUCAUGCCAAACUGGGUUAGGAAGGUGUUCAUUCACAUCCUGCCCAGAUACAUUGGCAUGAUGAGACCAAACCCAGAAGAACCUUUACUGGAGAAGGACUCUGAGAAGGACGACACGUCGUUCCGUGCUUUCAGUGGACGCCAACCUGGAGGAGAGUACUUAUUCCGCAAGAUCAACCCUGAUCUUGUCUUACCAUGGAGAGGGAGGUGUGAGAGCACAGUGCAGCUCCAGCAGCUCCCAGACUCGGACCGGUUCUGCCUGAUCCUCCCUCCCAACCUGAAGUCGGCCAUCGAUGCCGUGACCUACAUAGCCGAGCAGCUGAAGAAGCAGGACACGGACGACUCGAUGACAGGAGACUGGCAGUUCAUCGCCCUGGUGGUGGACCGCCUCUUCCUGUGGCUGUUUGUCAUCAUCACCACCCUGGGAACUCUGGCCGUGUUCCUGGAUGCUAGUUUUAAUUACACACCGGACGACCCGUUCCCAUAAAGGACAGCAUCGUUAAAACACGCUGUGCAGGUCAAACGCUCCCCAAGUCGGACUUUCCUUGACCAAACUGUUCUGUUUGGUUCUGGUCAGCUUGUUUUGUAAAAUUGCCUUUCUCUGAAAAGUAAACAGAUGCCAAAUGUUGAAUCAAAUGUGUUAUUUUUCUACAAUUUAUGUAUUCACUCCUGUUUUAUGGCACCAAAAACUUGAAUUUUGUGCAUUUUGCACUUAAAACUCACUGGGUGUAGUUUAUAUUUUUAUCCAGUAGAGGGCAGUGUAUAUAUUUUAAUCAAGGCUGCAGCAGCCAUGGGAACCUCUUUAAUGCUGUUUCAUGUUUUAUUGCUGCACUUCUGUUGUUGUGUUUAAGAAAGCCACAUUCUGAAGCAGGGAUUUUACUAUUAUUAUUAUAAUAAUAAUAGUAAUAGUUAUUUAGUGUUUUUAUUGGAUUUUCAGUCAAAUCCAACUGAAAACUGCAGUUUUAUUUGUUAAAAUCCUUAAAGGGAUUUACUUUCCUGUCCCUUUAUUUUUGUUUGAGAUACCAAAUUACAGUCUGGAAGAAACUCUGAAGAAAUCUACAAGUUAAAAUCUCCAACAUGAGAACAUUUCUUAUUACUGGCUCUCAAAAGUGUACAUAUUUUAAAAUAGAAACCAUUUUACUGUUAGUACAAAACAUCCACUGACAUUCACAGAUCAUGGUAAAUCAGCCCAAUGUUGCUAUUCUGUGUUGCUACCAUAAUUAGCAACACAGAGUAGCAACAUUUAGUUGCUGCUUUUUUUCCCCUUCUGUGUCUGAGCAAAAUGAAAGCGAUAGCAUUAGGCAGGAUCUAUAGCAUAAUCCGAAUUUUAACUUCCCUUCCAUCCACAGCAUGUGUAGCAUUAGCUUAAAGUAGCUUUUUAGGACAAAUUUACGCAGGUUGAGUCAUGUAAUGGAUAAAAUAACAGUUUGACAACUACAUUAAUGUAGUGGAGUUAAAAGAAAAAACGUUUAUGUGGAAAACAGUGAGCCUCACACAACCAACCAAUUGUUAAUUUAAAGCUGGUUAUUCAGGGUAAACAUGCAUUUGAACAAACCUGAGCACAUCAGAGUAACAAUGCUGGUCAGAAGGGGAGCAUAAAUAUAUCUGUUUGGUCAGAGUGUUUGUGCUUUAGAUUAGCCUCCAGUUUUUUGUUAUAUGUGAUGUUUUCCUACUAUCAUGAAUUACAGACACAUUGGUUAGAACUCCAAACUAAAACUUUCAGUCAGUAAUUCUCCUCUUCCACGUUGGAUAAAUCUGCAUUUAAAUUUUUACGAUAUUAACUGAAACUGGAUUAUUAAGACUAAAAUGUUUGUAGUGGCACAACUAAGUUUGGUUAUGUAAAUAAAACUUCAUCACUCA